AAACCAGAAGUUGGGCACACCUUUUGAUGCGUGAUCAAAGCAUGAUAUACAAGUGAUAUGGAAGUUGUUUUUACACAUUAGCGCCACUCUGACGUCACGACUGUCAACCGCAUAGAGUUUUUGUGACGUACUCAUUAGUUAUUUGAAAUGCACACACGAGCUUACCUUAUAUUUUGUGUAUCAUGUGAUCAACAGUCUCAAAAAUGUUGCGCAGCCAAACAAAACUUUUCGCAUUGGGCAAGCGCCAAUUAUGCAGAUCGAUGUCCAAGUCCUGCGACUUGACCCUGGUUGAAGUGGAUGAUAAGACGGGCAUUGCAACGCUUACGAUGAAUAAACCGCCAGUUAACAGUUGCAACCUGGAAAUGAUGCGUGCCUUAAAAGACUCAAUGAAACAGAUUGAAGGCAACAAGAGUCGAGGUAUAAUCUUGACAUCGUCCAACAAUAAAGUGUUCUCCUCGGGCUUGGAUCUAAAUGAAUUACGGAAUCCAGAACAAGAACGCUUAGUAGCUUUUUGGAAGGAAUUGCAGGAAAUGUGGUUAACACUGUAUUUAAGCAAUCUGCCUACCGCUGCGGCCAUCAACGGUCACGCUUUGGCUGUUGGCUGUGUGAUGGCUUCAGCUUGUGAAUAUCGGGUCAUGUUACCAGGCUUUACAAUUGGCAUUCAUGCCACUAAAUUUGGCUAUGUGGUGCCGCCGUUUAUAGUGAACAGCUAUCUAAGCGUCUUGCCCCGUCCUGUCGUUGAACGCGCUUUGCUGCAGGGAAAGAUCUUUAGCACCGAUGAGGCACAACAAAUAAAUCUUAUUGACGAAGUGGCCAACAGCAAGGAAGAGGCUUUAUCCAAGUGUGCUAGCUUUAUUGGCAGCUUUGCGGAAGCGAAUCCUGUAGCCAGAGCACUGACCAAACGGCAGCUGCGAGCGGAAUUUGCUAGGACAUUGCUAGAUGAGCCAGAAGCUGAACUAAAAGAGUCUCUGGAGUACAUUACUUCGCCAUUGUUUCAGGAUAGCUUGGACGCAUAUCUUGCGAAACUGAAGAGCAAGAAUAAGAAGUAAUCUCAGUUGCUUUUUUCAAAAAUAUUGCAUUUACUGUGGUAAUAAUCACAGCAUUUAACCAGGGUUGUGGGCAAUAGAUGGAUUAGUUGAUUAGGUGUUUAGGUAACCAUAUAAGUAUGUAAUUGGUUUUGUUUUGUUUCUAAAUAUAUAAAUAGUUUUGUAUUUCAUAA